GGGAUGAGGAAUUAAACUGGUGGGCACCCGGAAGCUCGGGGUCACUUCUGUGUUCAGGUGGAUGGGUUAUUUGCAAGCUGUUGUAUUAGCUUCAACCUUAGCUGCGAUAAUAGUGUUGCAGUCCCCGCCCCUCUCUCCGAAAAGGUUUCACUUUCGGUUCCGCCUUUUCACCGAAAGUUGCUGCUGUGACCGACCUCUCACGGAAACUCCCUAAUCACGAGGAUUCGCGGUUCCAACCCGUCCAGAUCCACAAGAGAAGCGGAGUGAGCCAGAAAAGUCCCACAUAAUAAUGUGUUCAUGGGGAUCAGGUGUGUUGUGACAGACUGAACUGAGCCACACAGAAGCUGUAAAUGGGAGAUAUAAAAAUCUUUAUUGAACACAGCAGAUCUUCUGGAGAGAAUAAAACACAAUGUUUCAUACUUGUUAAACACAAAGGAAUACAAUGGCCCCGUCUGUCCUGUCCAACUACUUCAGCAAUGGGAAGGUGGGAAGUCUUCAGUCCAUGCACAAUAAAGGUGAUGUAGUAUCGGUGAUUCUUGACAUAAAGCAGAGGGCUGAGGAUUUAGCCGACGUGCAGGUUAACAUUGCAGUGCUGGGCGAUGUGGGCUCCGGGAAAUCUACCUUCAUCAACGCGAUGAGGGGUCUUCGGAGUGACGACCCCGGAGCUGCUCCAUCUGGGAACGAUGAACCCAGCACGGUGCCAACCAAAUAUCGCUAUCCAUCUCUGCCCAAUGUUCAUCUCUGGGAUCUCCCUGGAUUAAACUCCUUUGGUUUUGAACUGAAUCGUUACCUGAAGCAAGUGCAGUUUGAAAGCUAUGACUUUUACAUCAUCGUGUCCCAGUCGCGAUUCAGAGAGUCCGAUGGCGAACUCUCCAAAAAGAUUCAAGAACAGCAGAAAGGGUUCUACUACAUCCGGUCCAAAAUCGACAAUGACGCCUAUUCCAUGCAGAUGCAAGGCAUUGGCUUUAAUGAAGGGCAGAUGCAAAUCCACCGGGAUUGUGUCAAAAACUUCCGAAGUGUCGGAGUUAAACCGCCAGCCAUUUUCCUGAUCUCCGGUUUGGAUGUGGAAGAAUAUGAUCUUCCGAAAUUAAAGUCUACCCUUGCCAGUGAUCUCCAGAGCAUAAAAUCAAAUGUAUUCUCGGUCAGGGUCAAAAAGAUGAUGCGGGAAAUUCAAGUUACUUCAGGCUACAUGCGGAUGCUGAUGUUGAAAGUCUGGUUGUGGUCCCUCAUCUCUGGGGCACUGGGUGCACUUCGUGAGCCGGGCUUGCCUCUCCUCACUGUAAUUGGCUGCACUGUUGCCGGGUGGAUUCACGUCCGGAGACAGGUGAGCAUCAGUGACCAGGAGCUGCGCAGGUUGUCCAACAGAGUCGGCAGACCCCUCCGGCUUCUGCAAAACGCAAUGCAGCAUCGAUCUUCAGCAAUUGUCAAGACACUGCUGGGGGCCUUCGUUGUGGGCUGUACAAUAGCUGGGUUCACAGACCGCUUCUCCCCAGUGUUACUCUCUGGCUGUGGGCUAAUGUCCUCCUCCGUGUUUACCUUCCGGGUUCUGAAGGGUUUAGUGGAUUACCGGUUGCAAUCUGAACAAAACCUCGCCAGCAGCACAGUUCAGCGAGACAGCGGUGACCUCCUUUAGGUCGCGCAUCUUUCAGUGGUCCCCAGUGCUGGUCCAGAAUGCCACGAGUAACCCACCGUUAAUCGGGUUGGGGUGGGGGAUCACACUCAUUUUCUGCCACCCGAUACCUUCACACUUUACACAUUGUAAAAGUGAUCACAUAGAAAUAGCUGCGUAUAAACGAUUGAUAUCUCUCUGUAUUUCACUUUUGUUGUCUGCUCCCUGCUGUUACCUGACACUGACACUUCUCCGCUUGAACCUUUGGGAUAACUUUUGCAGAAACUAAAUGGGCCGUGUUCUCUCUUGGAUAAACACAUCGGGAUCACAGGACCACGGGCCACGGCUGAAUCGGUGCCCCAACGCCUAACCCUCGGGUGAUUCCCACAAAGCUGUAACUCGGUGUAAUGACAUUGCCUUGUUCUCCGUUCUAAAUAAACUUACAUUUAAUCUUA